AUGUUAGUUGCACUUUUUCUUCGAGCAUUGUACGGUAGUUCACUGUCCUAUCUUUUUUGUGGAAUCAAAUCAGUCUAUCGUUUUAAAGAGCAUAGAGAAUCUUUGUCGUUGUUUUCAUUUUCAACCCAAAAAAUGUUCAAACAGUUGAUUGUACUUCUUUCACUUAUCCAACUUAUUCAUUGUUUAUCCACACGAAGCAACAUUUGGUGGAGUCGACGUCAUGACAACUCUCAAGCUGAUUGUGAUGUUGAAUUUCACAAUGAAAAUCCCUCAUUAGAAGGAAAGAUCUGCGGUUAUUGUUUUGCUAAAUGUCAACAACAAUUCGCUGCUUGUCUUCUAGCACAAAUGAAUCAAGUAGUAAGCGGUUCACUUGAUUUUUGUGAAAAUUUAUCAAAGCAAUGCCAAACAAAUUGUUUAUCCGACAAACGAACAGGUCGCAUUGCUGAAGCCAAUUGGUCGAAAGUUGCUCACAUCUUACAACAAUUCAAUUCCUAUCCAGCUAUAAAUAAUGAAAAGAAACGUUAG